AUGUGGCCGAUUGGCAAUCACACCACACCCACCAGCACAGCCGUGGAGUGGAGCUCCCCCCCUCCCUCUCACCCACCAGCACAGCCGUGGAGCUCCCCCCCCUCCCUCUCACCCACCAGCACAGCCGUGGAGCUCCCCCCCCUCCCUCUCACCCACCCUGGCCCACCAGCAGCACAGCUGUGGAGCUCGGCAGCUCCUCAUCUCCUCAUCUCCUCAUCUCCCCUUUUCCGCAUCUCCUCAUUUCCCUAUCUUCCCAUCUCCUUUUCUCCCCAUCUCCUCAUCUUCCUAUCCCCGCAUCUCCUCAUCUACCCAUCUCCCCAUCUCCUCAUCUCCCCAUCUCCUCAUCUCCCCAUCUCCCCAUCUUCUCCUCUCCUCAUCUCCCUAUCUCCACAUCUCCUCAUCUCCUCAUCUCCCCAUCUGCUCCUCUCCUGCUCUCCCCAUCCGUCAUCUCCCCAUCUCCUUUCUGGUAAGCUACUGGGGAUCACCAAGCACAGCAUGAAUGCACUCAAGGCGUACAAAGCUGAUCACACCACCGCCGGCAACAGAGCUGUGGAGGUGGGCAGGUGGGGCUUGGAGGUGGGCAGGUGGGGCUUGGAGCGUGGUCCGCCUGGCGGAGGUCCUCCCGGCGGUCAGCGCGGAGGCCCUGGCGCCGGUUCCGGCGGACCCGGCGGUCCCGGCGGUCCCGGCGGUCGCGGCGGUCGCGACGGUCCCGGCGGGCCUGGCGGACCGCGCGGUCCUCCGCUGAACCUGACGGCCGUCGGAAAUUUGACGGCCGAUGUUGGCGCGCAGCUCGCCAACUGCACCGUGGAUCAGAAGACCCUUAACGGCAGCUUCCACCUCGCCGUCUUCAAGAAUUCCACCGGGAACUACAACCUUUUCGUCGAGGCGAUGCUGGUGGAUGCGGCGGGCGGUCCGCCCGACUCGGUGGCGAUCGUGAAGGGCGCCGUGUGCGACGCCGCCGCGACGGACGUGCUCGCGCUGCCGCUCGCCGCGGCGGACUGGAAGCAGCGCGCGGGGUGGUGGCUGCUGCAUGCGGAGGCGCGCCUCGACGCGUUCCUCGAGAACGCGGACGCCGCCACCCUCGACGCGCUGCUCGCCGUGCUCCCCACCGCCUCUCCUCCGCCCACCAGCGGCGGCGGAGGCAGCACGGGGGGGGCGCGGAAGGGGCAGGGGGGGAGGCGCAUGGGGCGGGAGCUGCUGAUGGGGGCAUUCGGCCGCGCGGCCAGGCAGGGGGGACAGAAGCAGGGGGGACAUAAGCAGGGGGGGCAGCAGAAGCAGGGGGGGCAACAGCAGGGGGGGCCGCAGCAGGCGCCUGCAGUGAGCGGGUAUGCUGUGCUGGCGGGCAGCAGCGCAGCAGGUGUGACGUGGGGCGGGCAGCUCAUGGGCGCCAAGAUGCCCGCCGCUGCUGCUGUUUAG